GAACUCUGGACGGAGCACUCUGUAGUAACGACUUAGGGACUCAGCGGUACUAGUCUGCUUCCAUCAUCCAUCUCUGUCUGCCUGGAGAAACAUUGUCUUACCUGUGUAGUGUCAUCACCACUCGCACCCGUACGCGUCCUCCCUUCGUGGCCUGUGUUGCAUGCUUGCUCGAUCUUCUUCAUUCUCUGAUCUAUCUCUUCCUUCUUUCCGCUCACCUCAAACGAAUCCAUUUUGAGUGAGCUGCGCUGCUUUCCCAAUCCCUACAAUUCGGCCAACGCACCAUACUCCUGUACAUCCAGGACCUACCAUACGUCAAGCUCAACGAUCCGACCCUCCUCUCCCCCUUGCGUUCGGCGCACCCUUCCGACGAGCCUCGCAGCUUGUACUACAUCAUGGCGACAAAUAAUAUGCACAACCUGACGACCCUGAUAAAACGGCUCGAGGCAGCGACAUCGAGGUUGGAGGACAUUGCGUCUUCCGCGUUCGAAGGACAGAUUGAGAAGAGUCAGGAUGCGACUGCGAACGGCGUGCUUGCAUCCGGCAUAGCAGCCGCAGGCACCGUCGGCAGCCACACGUCUACCUCGACUGCGAAUAUCACCCAGGCCCCAACUCCAGUUGCUGCCGCACCAAAGGAGGAAUUGCCGGCAAUCGUGGAAGAGUUUGACAACUUGAUCAAGCCCGAUCUGAAGGCAUACCAUGAGCUGUCCAAAUCGCCGGCAAUAGGUGGACUUCUGGGAGAACAGUCCGACUCCGUGGUCAAGGCUUUCGAAGCCCUCCGACAGUUCUUGCUCGUCACCACCAAGGCGAAAAAACCGGAUGUGACCUCGCAGACGUACAUGGACACACUGAAGGACCUGCAGUUGCACAUGACCAAGGUUGACGACAUACGGCAGAGCAACCGAGCGAGCCCUGUAGCGGAUGGGCUGGCUAUGGUCGCAGAUGGCGUCGGGGCUCUCGCCUGGGUCACCAUUGAUUUCAAACCGGCAGACUGGGUGAGCGAGUUGUUUGGCGGUGCCCAGAUGUAUGGCAACAAGGUGCUGAAGAAGUACAAGGACACGGACGAGGCUCAAGUGGAGUGGGUAAAGUCAUUUUAUAAGCUCAUGCGCUCGCUGGUCUCGUACAUCAAGCAAAGUCAUCCUAAGGGCGUGCAAUGGAAUCCCCAAGGCGUCGACGCAGCUCAGGCUCUUAAGGACAUCCAAUCCGGUGAGAUAACCUUAUCCGUGCCUCCGCCUCCCCCGCCAAUGCCUUCAGGUGGAAGCAUUCCCCCUCCUCCUGGCCCUCCGCCACCGCCGGGCAGCCUGCCUCCUCCACCCGCGGCCAAGUCCAACAGGGCCCAGGCCGAUAUGGGUGCCGUCUUUGCAGAUCUUAAUCGGGGUGAAUCGGUUACAGCUGGUCUGAGGAAGGUCGACCCGUCACAGAUGACUCACAAGAAUCCAUCCUUGCGUGCUGGUUCGACAGUACCUCAGCGAAGCGACAGCUCCUCAUCCGCUGGACGAGGAGUGUCCCCAGCGCCUCCAGGCAAGAAGCCGAAGCCGGAAAGCUUGCGCACUAAAAAACCACCGAAAAAGGAGCUGGACGGCAACAAAUGGAUCAUUGAAAAUUUUGAAUCGCCUUCGGCACCAAUCGAAAUCGAAGCCGAGAUUAAUCAUUCGAUUCUUAUAACCAAGUGCAAGGGCACGACAUUGCGUAUUCAUGGCAAGGCGAACGCUAUUUCCAUCGACAACUCAUCCAAGACUUCGCUUAUCCUCGACUCACUUGUUAGCUCCGUUGAUGUCAUCAAAUGCCCUUCCUUCGCCAUCCAGAUUCUGGAGACGGUCCCAACCAUUCUGCUUGACCAGGUCGAUGGUGCGCAGAUCUACUUGAGCAAGGACUCGCUCAACACGGAUAUCUUUACCAGCAAGUGUACCAGUGUCAAUGUCAACUUGCCUCCACAGAACGAGGAUGAUGAUUAUGUUGAGGCUCCUGUACCGGAGCAAUUCAGGAGCUACGUAAAGGACGGUAAGCUUGUGACCGAGAUCGUUGAGCAUGCUGGUUGAAUACAUCAACAUCCCACCUUUUCCGACUAGCAGAUGGAUGUGCCGCUGUUCUCAUUCCACAAGAACGUUUGGAACACCAAGGGCUUGCGAUGGAAAGCUCGACACCAUUGGGAGAAAACCGAAAGAUUCUUGGGCAGGUCAUUGUGUAUAAGUACCGUGUGUGUCGUAGGGGUUCUUUUUGACCGUCGAUAUUUGUACGUGUAUAGUCUACAUUCUUCGGUUCUCGCUCAUUUUUCCACGCAUGGUUAUUAUGGGUUGGAUACCCCUAAACAGCUUCUAGUCCUGGGAGCGAGCAAUUAUCAUAAACUGUGCAUUGGAAGUAUGUUGAUUCUCCACUAAAAACUUAUGCCAAAGACCAGCGUUUAAUGCGCUGAGAAUCUGAUUGCGUUAGCCUUUAUUGGUUACCUACGAGUCAUCAGAAGACGGCCAAGUCUCAAAAGCAUUGAUGCGUCCAUUUGGUUUUUUGACCUCCCACAGAGGUAGGGAAGCUUUCGCCGUUCUUCAAGUAUCCUGGUGGGGGAGGGGGUUUGAAUCCACGGUAUUGUGUGCGCUGGUCAGAGGAGCGGGACAAAAGGACCAUGGACAGAUUAUUGCAUUACAGCUUUCCAUCUAUUGUACACGCCCACAGAUGCAAGAAAAAAAGAAAGCAUCACAGCGCGCUCUUUAUGCAGAGGCGUGGGGAAGAUAACAGAAAAAGGCGUCAGUCCGCAUGUCUGUCGCCCCGCGCUCAAAUGCCGUACACACCAAAAAGAUUGGCCGAAAAAAA